AUGAUGAGGACUCUUACCGAAGUAGUCGACCAUCUGGCUGCUGAACAGCCAGACGGUCUCUGGGUGAAGGCUGGGGCCUUAGACAAUGGAGUUAUAUCCUGGAGUGACAUUACCUGGGCCCAACUAGCCAGGGCGGUUGACUACAUUUCGCAUUGGAUGGAAGCUCGACUUGGACCCCCAGCAGAAAACGAGACUAUGGGGUAUAUGGGAAUUAGCGAUAUCAGAUAUCCCAUCAUGAUCCUCUCUGCAAUGAAGACGGGGUACAAGAUUCUCCUAGCAUCGCCCCGUAACUCUCAAGAUGCCCAAGUCUCUUUGCUCAAAUUGACACUAUGCAAAAAAUUCCUCCACACGCCCGAAUUCGCCGCCCAGAUGCAAGGCUUAGCCAUGCACCAUUCAGAGCUCAACCCCGUUGAGAUUCCAUAUCUGGAUGAGAUUUUGCAGCCUGAGCCCGCCUCGAAACCGUACUACAACUUUCGCCGUCCUCGAGAGGAUGAUGCUGCGAUUAUCCUACACUCUAGCGGAUCAACAGGCCUGCCCAAACCCAUCUUCAUCCGGACCGGAGCCCUGGUGGCCGUGGAUACCAUCACAUCCAUGUCCGCUCCAAUUGGGCGCAGAAAUAUGCAUGACGAACUAUUCGCUCCUACGCUGAUGGUGUCGAUGAUGCCCUUUUUUCACAUAAUGGGAAUCGUGACGCUAGCCCGCUCCAUAUAUCACCAAGGCCCACUGGCUUUGUUGCCACCCGGGCAGCCAGUCACGGCAGAUCUAUUGAUUAGUGCGAUCAUGCAAGGGAGGCCAAGCGUGGCUGCAUUUGCACCGUCUGUCCUAGAAGAAAUAUGCAACUUACCCAAUGGCCUCGAGGCGCUGUCUACGCUGGACUACGUUUUCUACGGUGGUGCCCCACUGGCGCGCUCCUGUGGUGAUCAAAUCGCACGAGUCACCAACUUGCAAGUCUCCAUUGGCAGCACGGAGAUUUUGAACGCCCCCAACUACCUUACCCAAGAACCGGAUGACUGGGAGUACUUUGAAUGGAGUGCCGAAGCAGGCAUUGUCAUGGAGCCGGCGACGGAGGGCUCGUUUGAGAUGGUGAUCAAACAGAAAAUGGAUCGACGACAUCAAAUUGUCUUUCACAACUUCCCUGAGCUCUCCGAGUGGCGUACCAAAGACCUAUUCGAGCAACACCGUACCAAACCCAACCUCUGA